AUGGCUACUGCGCCCCCGGUAUCUCACCCGGUCCCCGACAACGCUAUGAAUGGCCAUGGCCUUCACGGUAUCCCGCGCUAUCAUCCCAUCGCCAUGAAUCCUAAUCCCCCACCUCAUCCAUCAAUGCCUCCUCCGGAGCAGAUGAUCCAAAAUCACCAUUUCCGCCACUUUGCACCGCCGCCGUUGCACGAUCCUCACGCGCAUCCCGGUCCCCCGUCGGUGCCGCAACCGCCGAGUCCGAGUUCAUUGGAACAGAUUGAAGUUCGCCUACGGCAGCUGGAGCAUGAGGAGAUGAACCGGAUGGCUACCCGCCACCACAUUCUUGCAAUGCGUAAGCGUGAGGAUGAAGAGUUCCGCAGAUUGACAGAAAGUGCCGAAGCCGAAGAAGAGGACCUGCGACGGCAACGCAAGAGGAUUAAGAGAGAAUCGAUGGGCUUGGGCCAUAAUUCUAAUGUCGACUCGCCGCCAUCGCGGCCCACCCCACCGCGCCGUCUGUCAGAGACCAGCGCGGCGACAACGCUCGCUUUCUUUAAACAACAGAGCCCACCAGAGCCUCGUCAAACUCCUCUUCCUGUAUCGCAACCUCCACCUCCACCUCCACCUUCUAUGCCCCCGCUGGCUCAUCUGCACCCUCAGCCUCAUCAACCCCAUCAACCUCAUCAACCGCAUCAUCCUCCUCCGCCUCCGCCAUCUCAGCACCCUAUUGUUCCUCAUGACCCUUCUGCUGGCCUUGGUUCGAUCCGUCGGAAGCAAAAGUACACCAUCAAGAAUGUUGAGGCCUGGGGCGAGCGCCACGGCCGUCCUGCCGCGCAUGAUCCAUCCGGCCGAGCUUUAUGGAAGCGGCCAUCUGAUGGAAGCCUAGUCUACCUCACAUGCCCAAUCCAAGGCUGCGGGAAAUCGGACUUUGUCACCCUCCACGGUUUCAUGUGCCACUUGACCAAGAAACACAAGGACCGCACAUUAGGCAGCCAGUCACGAGCUCUUGAAAUUUGCGGUAUCGUUUACGACCCGAAUGCUCCACUCCCACCAGUUAGAGCCAGCAACCGCGCAUCCACAGAGGAGAGCCCGGCAGCAAUAGACCAUGACGGCGAACAUCCAAAUGAAGAGCUCGAUUCCGAAGACGAAGAGAUGGAAAUGGAAGAAGCCCGGGAAGAUUCAUAUCGCGUUAAAACCGAAGUUACGGAACGCUCGAUUCCAGACGCAGAAGACACACCUCUAGCCCGUGAUGCCUCUACGCCUCCCAAGCCCGUCCUCAAUGGAUCGAUCAAGCAGUCCAUCUCAUCGAUAAUCGACCGCACCCCGGAAACCGAGCGCGAAGCCCUUGCGUCCCUGCCGCCUUCAGAAAGUAUCUCGCAAGGACCAACGCCACACCCCGAGCAGACCGUCCCUGCCAAGCGGAAAUACGAGUUCUCACCAGAGAAAGAGAACGCCGAGCCGAAGGAGGGAUCCAUGGCCGAAUAG